AACUCUGCUGUUUUGCUCGCAAGGGUUUUGUCUCCCCCGUCGCGAAAGUAGACUUCCCAUGGCCGAAAAUGAAUGCAGCGGCGCCGGCCACCAGGCACCCACGCUCACGGCGGCGCCCCUUUCGCCAAUUCCGAGAGAGACGUGGGAGGGCUGCAGCGUACUUCUCGACAUCAAUGACGGCGACCGCCUCGUCUUCGCUCGCCUUUCUCCGGCUGCGACUCUGAAGAUCGGGAACAAGAAGUGUUCUCUAGGUCCAUUGAUGGGCUGCCCGUUCGGUGCUUUGUUUCGGGUCGAGAACGGCCCGGGUGGACCAUAUCUGGCGCGUUGCUCUCCUUCCACGUCUGCGGCUUCCAAUAACUCUAUGCAAGAAAGUGAGAAGGGGAACACAACGGAGAACAACAGAGACAACCGAUUAUUAAUUGACAAUAACACAGCCCAAAAUCUAUCUAGCAAUGAUAUCGACACAAUGCGGAAAGAAGGUGCUACUGGUGAUGAAAUUAUUGAAGCUCUUAUUGCUAAUAGUUCCACAUUUGGGAAAAAAACAGUGUAUUCACAAGAGAAAUACAAGCGCAAGAAACAGAAGAAAUAUGCGCCUAAAGUACUUUUAAGGCGCCCUUCGGCUCGAAGUAUCUGUGAGACAUACUUCAAGAAAUUUCCAGCUCGAACAGGGUUUUUGAGAGUGGACACACUAUCUCUCCUCCUCUGCAUGGCUAAUGUCGGAGCACACUCAGAUGUCCUUGUGGUAGAUAUGAUUGGAGGCAUACUUACUGGUGCUGUUGCAGAACGACUAGGAGGCACAGGCUAUGUUUGUAGCAUUUCUUUUGGAGCAACACCUUACCCAUCAGAUAUAGUUAGAAUGUUCAAUUUUAGUAAUGAAGUACGCAGCAGGAUUGUUCAAAUUCCUUUUUCUGAUCUGUGUAAAUCACAUGAGAGCCUGGAGUCCUCAGAAACUCUAUUAAAUGUUAAAGAAUCCUCAACACUUGCUGAAUCUUCUUCAUACAAAAAUUCAAUAGCCAUAUCAGCGGAGCCAAUAAAUCAGGAAUUAGAUCUUAUGGAGGACCAACCAGUUAGCAAUGAAGAGAUGUUAACUUUUCCUGCCAACAGUGAACCUAAUCCCCUUUCCUCAAAUUCAUGUUCCACUUAUACCAUUGAUUGCAAACAUGAGAAUAAUGCUUCAAUAACUCACGAACCUGUCACUAAGGGAAGAAGACCACCACCAGAAAUCGUAGACUGGUGGAAGACAAAUGGCUUUAGUAGUUUGAUAGUUGCUGCACCAGAAUCAGAUGUGGGGACAAUAGUUCAAGAACUGCUGCCACUUCUAUCGUAUUCUGCACCCUUCGCAAUUUACCAUCAAUACCUUCAGCCCCUUGCAACGUCCAUGCACAGAUUACAAAAUUCAAAAAUGGCAAUCAAUCUGCAGAUUUCUGAACCUUGGCUUCGUGAAUAUCAGGUUCUUCCAUCACGUACUCAUCCACUAAUGCAAAUGAGUUGCUUUGGUGGUUACAUGCUAAGUGGGAUCAAAAUUUGUAACAGUGACACUUGUGAAAAAUAAAUGAUGCUUUUGCUUGAAGAAUGGGACGAUUAAGGCUUUGAUGAUGAACGAUGUUCUUGCAGGAGCAUGCCAUUUAACCUAACAAUGUGGGUUAUUCUUUGUUCAUGCAGCAGAUGGUGGGUAAUGUUUGUUGGCGACACCUAUAUGUC